AUGACACAUUAUGCUCAGCUCGAUUUUUGCACAUUCUCUGCAAAAGCGGUGGUGAUCUGCAGCAGUGCAUUUCUUGCAGUAGAGUCAAUGCCACUCAGAAAUGAGCAGUCAUUGGUUCGUGGACUCAGACAUCGUAACGUGAUGAUUGAGCAAAGAAGAUCACCAUCACCAUUGGCUCUAUGGUUUGAUCAACAAGUCGAUCAUUUUGACCCACUCAACCAAGACACUUUUAAACAACAAUAUUUUAUCAAUGAUACCUACUGGAGACCAGGAGGCCCAGUCUUUUUUGUGUUGGGUGGUGAAGGCCCUAUUUCUCCAGGUUAUGUAAAUGGUCAUUUCGUCGUCAACACUUAUGCCCAAUUGUUUGAUGCAUUGAUUGUAGCAUGUGAACAUAGAUUCUAUGGUUACAGUUCACCACAUCCAACACUUGAUACCAAACAUUUACAUUUGUUGACAACGGAGCAAGCGUUGGCUGACUAUGCCAACUUUCGUCAAUUCAUUGCCGCCAAGUACAAUACUGGCUCGAGCAAGUGGAUUUCAUUUGGUGGAUCGUAUUCUGGAUCAUUGUCUGCAUGGUUGCGUCUAAAGUACCCACAAUUGAUUGAUGGUGCCAUUGCAACAUCUGCACCCGUCGAGGCCCAACUCGACUUUACCCAAUAUCUCGAGGUUGUCAGUGCAUCGAUCGGACCAGCAUGCUCGGCCAUUGUCAAGAAUGUAACACAGAUUGUCACCCAAAUGAUUGCCAAUGGACAGACGUCACAGGUUGAAUCACUCUUUAACACAUGUGACCCAAUCUCUUCAGAGUUGGAUAUUGCAACAUUUAUGGAAAGUCUUACUUCUGCAGUCUCUGAAAUCGUCCAAUACAACAAUGACAAUAACAAUUAUUCAUUUGCCAAUAUCACAACUAUGUGUGAUAUGUUGUCAAAGGGAAACAACCAAUUACAGGCAUUUGCAGAUUUGAAUAACAAGUACAAUGAUUUUAAUGGAGACAAUUGUACUACAUCGUCGUAUGAAAAGAUGAUUGGUCAGAUGCAAGAGACACAGGUGAACGGCCCAAAUGCAGCCACUCGUCUUUGGACAUGGCAGUGUUGUACCGAGUAUGCUUAUUUCCAGACGGGACAAAGUGCACUCCAACCAUUUAGUGAUACCCUCACAUUGGACUAUUUCAUUCAACAAUGUACCGAUACGUUUGGACCACCAGGUUACACGUAUCAACCAAACAUUGAUUGGAUCAUCAAUGAAUACGGAGGCAAGAACAUCCAAACCUCUCAAACCAUCUUCCCCAACGGUCUCGUCGAUCCAUGGCACGUACUCGGUGUAAUGAACACCACCUCUAGCUCGGUGUACACCAUUACAAUUAGUACCGGUGCUCAUUGCAGUGAUCUAUACCCACCACUUCCAACAGAUUCAGAUGAUCUUGUACUUGCAAGAAGAAUGGAAAUUGAUUUAAUCUCUACUGUCAUUUAUUCCUAA